UGCCAAAGCCGGGUUUAUUUUACAUGGGUUGUUGAAAUGCGAGUAGUCAGGGUAUUCGAUGCACUGAGAUUUGCUGUGCUGGAGGCAACCCAUUUGAAUUUCAUUAAAACGAGUUAUUUUGAGUUGCAAGUUAGCAGCAGUCAGUCAAAAUGUUUAGUGUCAAGAAGUCGUUUUUUUGUGUUCUGAAAAUUCUGCCAAACAUCAGUGUCAGGAAUUUUUGCACCGGACACACGGCCUUGGACAAAGUAAAUCUCAUGGGUCGCAGUUUGCUGACACUGAGAGAUUUCGGCUCCGAUGAAAUCAAACGGUUGCUUUGGAUAUCACGAGAUCUGAAGCACAGAAUUAAGCAUGAAGGACAGUACCUCCCUCUUCUUCAAGGGAAGUCGAUUGCGAUGAUAUUUGAGAAGAGGAGCACCAGAACGCGCAUGUCCACAGAAACAGGAUUUGCAUUGCUAGGAGGGCACCCUUGCUUCCUGACCAGUCAAGACAUUCACCUGGGGACCAAUGAGAGCACCACUGACACUGCCAGGGUCCUGUCUGGGCUGACGGAUCUCAUCCUGGCUCGGGUGUACAGCCACUCUACUCUGGAGGAGCUGCAGAAAGACUCCUCGGUCCCCGUCAUCAACGGGCUGUCCGACCUCUAUCACCCCAUCCAGAUCCUGGCCGAUUUCCUCACUCUGCAGGAGCAUUAUGGGUGCUUGAGCGGGCUGACGGUGUCGUGGAUCGGAGACGGCAACAACGUGCUCCACUCCUUCAUGAUGACCGCAGCCAAGCUGGGCGUGCACCUGAGAGUGGCUACUCCAAAGGGUUAUGAGCCUGAUGGUGGAAUUGUUCAAGAGGCCAAAAUCUUGUCAAAGCAGUUUGGGACCCAACUCUUCCUGACCUCCGACCCCAUGGAGGCGGCCCAUGGUAGCAACGUCCUGGUGACUGACACCUGGGUCAGUAUGGGCCAGGAGGAGGAGAAGGUUCAACGGCUGAAGGAUUUCCAUGGUUACCAGAUCACCAUGCAGACAGGCGCCGUGGCCUCUCCAGACUGGACCUUCCUCCACUGUCUCCCUCGUAAGCAGGAGGAAGUGGACGACCAGGUCUUCUACUCCCCGCGCUCGCUGGUCUUUCUCGAGGCGGAGAACAGGAAGUGGACCAUCAUGGGACUGAUGGUUGCUCUGCUGACAGACUACAAACCAAAGAUGCCAAUGUUGAAGUUCUGAAGUGCUGAAAUAAAAUAUAUUCCAUCGGGAUCCACAAUUCUAAGUGUUUAUAUUAAAAUAAAAUGAGAACGAAUAGACAACAAUUUGGUUUAAUACUUGUUUAUAUCGGAGUGUAACAAUUUUGCUUAAUACUUGCAUCUUUUGGAGUAUUGUAUAAGUCAGGGGCGAAAAGUAGUGUUUUUAUUUAUCUAUUUUGGUGAGGGCGAAAGAGUGUAAUUUCCUAAUUGCUAUUGUACUAUCUGCGCUCAAUUAAAUUAAACUGUGUCCUGUAGAGGGUGUCUCUGAGGGG